AAUCAUAGAAAGUUCCAAGAUUAAUCCAUUUAAAUAAUUUAUGGAUUCAGACAGCACAAAGGAGCAGGGGGGAGAUUAUUUAUAAUAUUCAAUUCUAGAUUGAACUGAUGACUGACAAGCCAUGAGAAGACACCCAGUAAUAUUUCUAAUCGCAUUUUGAUUAAAUAUAGUAAGAAAAGUUUUUGUCCUAUCUGUAAGUUGAUCAUCCUGGUUUUUAUUAAUUUUCUUUUUGAUAAUCUUCAGAUUAGGCCUUAAAAUUUUUUGUUCAAAAAAUACCGGUGAUCGUCCCAAAUCAGUUUGAAAAUCCGUUGAAGCUGUUCUUUAUGUUACGAGCAAGAUGAUGGACAAACAACAAUUAAGGUUGCAUUUAUUCAUAAUUAAGGCCAUAGUUCUUAGGAAGGCUGCAUAAGCCAGCCAUAACUCGGCGAGUUUGAUAGAGAUUGACUCUAGUGCGCUGGUCUUUCAGAGUAAUGAGUAACAGAUGCAUAAUACUGUUGUUAUCAUUUCGAGUGUUAUCUCCUUACUUCUGGACACCAACGUAGAGCCGAUUUUGGUCUGGUGUUCGACAGCACUGGAACCAGGAAAAGACUAUGAUGAUGCGUGAUGAAUCCAGAUUCCUUUGGACUUGUACACAUGGCAAGGGUGAAUAGAAGACAUGGCGACUUAAUUUUUUUGUGUGAAUUAGAUUUUCCGAACAGUUUAGAGCAGGUCGAAAUCGUCUCAGAAAAUGAGGAAAAUGGCAUUUUCGACUUAUGGAAAGACUUCUCUCUGUUUUCCAUGGACAAUGUUUCCAAGAUUUCUGAUGAAUGUGCCUUAGGAGUGGCAGAAUUAAUCGAAGGAAUCAAAAAGAACAAUAUUGAUUAUUUGAAAAUGUUCGAUGCCACAGGAAAAUUACCAUCGGGUAUAUUACGUGGAAAUGUGAACCAAUUCGGAGAUUUCGACGAAUGUCUGAGUGUUGAACAAGCAAAAUAUUGUUUGGCAGAAAUAGAUUUGGAAUCGAAGUGGAGACCCCGAUAUAAAAACUAUAAAAAUUUGGUUCAUUCGCAUUUUGCAAUAAGGGAAACGUUCGAUGACGUCAAACACAGAGUGCCUGGAUUUUCCAUGAUACGAUGGGGCUUUUGUAUUCCACAAAAAUGUUCUUCUAAAGAUCUGGAAAUAGCCUUGAGAGAGAAAUUCCGAAUAACCUCCAGAAUAAAGCCAGAAAUGUGUCAAAUAUCACCAAUGAAAGCACCUCUGCCUGAAAUGAGUUACGGGGAUAUUAUAACUAGAUAUCUGUUUGGUGUUGUUUUGUUCCUCACUGUUCUAGCAACAUUAAGAGGUGUCUACAAUCUGAACAUACAAGAGAAAAAUAAGUUUUUAAAGCUGGUGGAUUGUUUCAAUCUAUUUGACAAUUGGGAAGAAUUGACUACAGUGAAGGAAUCAAAAGAUGAAGUUAAAACUUUACAUGGGAUGAGAGCGCUUGGGGCUUUAGCAUUGAUUAUAUCGCACAAAACCAUGGCACUCUUUUAUAACCCCUAUAUCAACAGAUCAGCGAUGUCAGAAAAUUUGGGUAUGCGAUGGUCUGUGAUUGGAAGAACUGCUAUACUCUAUACGGAUGGUUUUAUGCUGAUGAGUGGUUUUCUUACCGCACGUACACUAUUCAAGGAUCUUGAUAGGAAAAAAACCUUCAAUAUUGGUGACAAAAUAAUUUCGAGAAUAUUCAGGAUUUCACCUAACAUUAUCGCUGUGAUAUUGUUUUGUACCUACAUCUUACCUCAUCUUGGGGCAGGUCCAUUGUGGCCUUUGGUAGUGGAUCAUCAUUCUCAUUUGUGCAAGAAGUACAUGUGGCGUAAUAUGCUUUAUAUUCACAACUACUUUCCUUUCCAAGAUAUGUGUCUCACACACACCCAUCAAGUUGGAAUAGACAUGCAACUCUUUUUGUCUACACCGCUCAUCAUUUUCUUCCUGUGGUCUACAAGAAGAAUUGGCGUACUUUUUGUCGGGAUGAUAAUUGUUGCUUCCACAUUUCUCAGAUUUUUUGUUACUUGGUAUUACAACUUGAGUCAUGUUGUUCAUUUUGGAAUAACAAUAAGUAGGAUGUUCGAUACAGCAAAUUUAUCGUAUAUUUUACCAACGCACCGGGCGACAAUAUAUUUCAUGGGUGUAUAUUUAGCAUAUAUGAUGAGAGAUAAAUCUUCUAUUAACCUAUCAAAGAAACAACUAGGGAUUUAUUGGACCUUCUUUAUGCUCUUGGGAUUCGGGACCUGGCUAGGUCCGAUGCAUAUGUCUCAUCCUGGCUAUGUCUACAACAGAUUGGAUGCUGCGCUAUUUGGUGCUAUAUCACCAAUCACUUUCGGUAGUGCUUUGGCGUGGACAAUCUAUGCUACUGAAAAGGGAUUUGGAGGAUUCCUUGGUGCUGUUUUAAGCUGGGAUAAAUUCAAAUAUUUCACUAAGAUCGCAUAUGCUGUAUAUCUUGUUCAGUUUCCUCUAUUUUUUUACAACGUUGGGAAAACUAAACACGCAGAUGAAUUUUCUAUAUCUGAAAUGCUUCAAGUGACUGAGACAUUGGCGGUUAUAGUCAUUUCCGUAGCACUAACCAUUUUCAUUGAAAUACCCUUCCAGAAGUUGAAGAUGCAUAUUUUUCCAGGAAAAAAAGAAUUAAAUGAUGCCAAGAAUGACAUCACAGAUUCAGAUCGAAAGGAAGAACAUAUUUUUGAAAAAUUAGCAAACGGUUUCACAAAACUUCACUAUUGAUUGCACACAGAUUGACAUAUUAUUAAUUUGCUUUAUUGAAUUCAAACUGAAUUCGUUAAUCUUAUGUUGAAGUUGAUAGAGUACAGUCUCUAUCAGGAAAAGUAUGGACCCCUCUACACUCCAUAUCUUAUUAAACACAUGUGUUUAAUAUGUGUGUUUGUCUAUGAUUCAAAGCCAAACUGUUUUUGACUAAAAUUCCAAUGAUAGACUGUUUUCUUGUUGUACAUA